AUGUUGGGUAAUCUCCGCGAAGGAAGAGACGGGUUAAGGGAUGUGAUCACAUGGUCGCGCUCAAUCCUAAUCAUCCUGAAAAACUGCCGUCAUAUAGUUGGGACAAAACGACAUGAAGCACGGACCGUUGCGCAAGCGGCCGCUCUCGGAAGCGGUGCGGUGGAGUCGGAGGUUGGAAUCGAGGUGGGACCAUGCAGAGUUGACAAUGACAUUCCACUGAAGCUUUUGACCUUUGUUAAUUCACGACCGGAUAGGGACAGCCUGUGGAAGCAAAAAAGCACAUGUGUCGAGUACUUCGAAGUGAAACCUAUGAAGAUUGGAUUGUCUCUUCUCAUUCUGCUACUGGUCGUCUGCUGCGCGGAUGCGGGCCUUCGGGACUUGGGAAAGAAAGUUAAGGACAAAAUAAAAGAAGGAUUCAAAAAUACCAUCGACAAGAUUAAGACGUCGUUGAACCUCACCGACAUCCGUCGUAUUCACGAAAAAUUCGUCAAAGCCGGAGAGAAGUUCGUCAAGAAACUACCUCUCUCAGACGAAAAUAAAGAGAAGUUGGAAAAGCUCCUGAAGAAAAUAGUUCGCGUCCACGUGGAUCACGUCAAUCCGGAAGGCGAUGACAUAGAGCAGGUGAACGAGAACGCUGGUAUCGGAGAAGUGCUGUACCAAGGGGACAUGGUUCUGACGGAUGAGCAAGCCGACGAAAUCCUCAGUGAGGAUUCGGGACCAAAUCGCGCAAAACGACAGGCGUUCCGCAACAGUCACUACCCGAAAACAAUCUGGUCGGAUGGCGUUUACUACUAUUUUCACCCGACUGCAAGUAAUAUGGUACGAAGUGUGUUCAAGAAAGCAGCAGCCCUGUGGAGUGCUGAAACUUGCAUUGACUUCCACGAGGACGUGAUAGGAAUGAGGCCACACAGGAUCAAGGUCUUCAGAGACGUCGGUUGUUGGUCCAUGGUCGGCAAACUCAACCGCGUUCAAGAACUUUCGCUGGGAAAAGGAUGUGAAACGGUCGCAACGGCGCAACACGAAAUCGGUCACUCGCUUGGAUUCUACCACGAACAAGCCAGGCACGAUCGCGAUGAGAACAUCAUAGUAAACUACGACCACAUACAGCCCAGGAAUCGGGACCAGUUCAAGAAGCAAAGCACACACACAAACGACAACUACGGACUACCUUACGAUUACGGAAGCACGAUGCAGUACGGAACCCACAGCGGUUCGAUGGACGGUGAACCUACCAUGGUUCCUCGUGUCCCAUUAUAUUCAGAAACCUUGGGGUCACCUUUCCUUGGCUUCUACGACAAACUCAUGAUGAAUAUACAUUACGGAUGUCUUGAAAAGUGCAAAAAUUCUCGCUCGGCUGCACAAUGUAGGAUGGGUGGGUUCCCGAAUCCCAGAGACUGCUCACGAUGCGUUUGCCCCAGUGGAUACGGAGGAAAACUUUGUGAUGAACGGCCUGAAGGAUGUGGAAAAGAAUUGACCGCUAGAAGAGACCCUCAGAUUCUUGAGGGCGAAAUUGGCGAACGCAGUGCAGGAGAAAGGGAAAGGGAAGACAUGACCAUGUGCACUUUUUGGCUGAAGGCACCGCCAGGAUCAAAAAUCGAAGUCAAGAUCGCAAAAUUGACGCCUGGUUUCACGGUUGAUGGAUGUAGGCUUUGGGGUGUGGAGAUUAAUACUCAGCAGGAUCAACGCCUUUCUGGCCAUAGAUUCUGCGCUCCCGAAGAUGCCGGAGUGAAGCUGGUGUCGCACUCAAACAUCGUUCCAAUAAUAGUUUUUAACAGAAAAUUUGUAACUGAAUACAAAUUGGAGUAUCGUCUGGUCGUCUUCUAUGUGGCCGAUCACUUUGACCUACUUAACGUUCGUCCUGUGCGUUUAUACGACUGUAAGCACAAUUUCUCUGUAAUUUUUUUCUUAGGUGUACUGUAG